GAGGUACCUGACAGGAACCUGAACGGCUGGGCUGCUUUCUUACCGGUAAUCAUGCUACCUAUGUAUGUGCCUGGCAGCCUUCAAAGCCACUUCCAGUGUUACCCCAAACUGCCCAAUUCGGGUAAUGUGGAGAUCGCGGAACGAGACGGAGAUGCGGCAGGUGGUUUAGAAGGACACUGCCUCGUGCACGACAGCUCGGCUUUCCAGGCGGCACAACGACCGGUGCUGCCGGAUGUAUCCCCCCUGUUUUUUUUUGUUGCCUUUUUUGCUUCCCCCCCCCCUUCUCUUUUCUUUGCUGGCUUUCAAAACUCCGUGUGCGUCCUCUAGGGACUGUCAGGGUCGACCUCUCUUGGGGUUUGCUCUAGAGGCCUGUUCGUGGUUGAAACCAAGCGGAUGGGGAUGGGAGUGGGCACGGGAACGGUCGAUCCUCCUUCUACUGCGCUGCGCUGUGCUUCAGAAGAGAGCUGCUGCCGUUGUGCUGCCACCGCCGCCGCCAUAUAUAGAUGAUUUAUCCGCCGGUCGGACGGGGGGAUCCCCUUUUGCCGUUACCCAGCGUGCUGGAUCACUUAAAGUGAAAUGGAGACCGCCAAUCCCUAUAUCUGCUAUUAAACAAGGGGUCCGAGAAAACUUGAGACCAAGUGGCAUGGGCCCCGUUUCGCCUGCGCUGGACAGUGAGGUUGGACGAUAGCAAUAGCAAUAACAAGUUAUCUUCGUCCUUACCGACAGACGUUUCUUGAUGCGACCCGUCCGAAACACCCCAGAGC